CCGCGACGACCGUGAGUUUAGUUUGUUCAGGCGGUGGAUCCCGUGGCUGGUACCGUGCUUUGUGGUGGCUAACGUUGUCUUGUUCAUCAUCACAAUGUACGUUAAUGAUUGUCCGAAACAUUUGUUUCGCGGUUCGUGUGUUGCAAGCUUUCUCGGCAGGUUCUCUUUUCAGCCCCUUAAGGAAAACCCUCUCCUUGGCCCUUCUUCAUACACUUCGAAUUGGAUUUCUGUAUGUGAUAUCUGGUUUUGGAGGGAGCUUGCUGUCUGCUCUAUUCAUUCAAUCAGGUAUCUCUGUUGGUGCUUCUGGGGCGUUGUUUGGCUUAUUAGGAGGCAUGCUAUCAGAGAUCUUAAUGAAUUGGACCAUAUAUGCCAAUAAGGUUGCUGCAUUGCUGACUCUUAUAGUUAUCACUCUAAUCAAUUUAGCUGUUGGAAUCCUUCCACAUGUGGACAAUUUUGCUCAUAUUGGAGGAUUUCUCUCGGGUUUCUUCCUGGGUUUCGUUUUCCUUAUUCGACCCCAGUUUAAGUGGAUUGUCCAAAGAAAUUCUCCUUCUGCACCUUCUUCUUUGAAGAAUAGGCACAAACCUUAUCAAUAUAUCCUGUGGAUCAUCUCUUUCCUACUACUGACUUCUGGGUACAUUAUAGGCUUGAUUUUUCUCCUUCGAGGUGUUAACUUGAAUGACCAUUGCUCGUGGUGUCGUUAUUUAAGUUGUGUCCCUACGUCAUUGUGGAGAUGCGAUGCAAAACAAGUAUACUGUGAGACAUCUCAAAUAGGAAACAGACUCAACAUAACAUGCUUAAGCAAUGGGAGAAGUGAGCUUGUUGAUAUGCCAAAUGUCGGUUUUCCCAGUCCUUUAGAGUUAUGUUCCCAACUUUGCCGGUGAUGAGUGAUGACACACCUCCAACAUGUCUAGAUGAUGCAAUGGUAUUCAACUUCUUGUGCAUAUUUUUCACUGUAGUAACUAACUGCAUAGAAAUUCUUACUUCUGGAUUGGAGAGCAUGGUUGCUGCUAUGAAUAUAUUCUUGAUCAAUGUUGUUUCCAUCGCUUAGGUGUACUAUUAUUAUUCUGUCUUUUGUAACAACAGAUGAAAUCACUGGGAGUCUUAAUUGUUUAAAGCAGCAAGUAAAUGCUCCUUGAAGGAUAUAUAGCGAUAGAUAAAAAUGCAUUGAUGUAGAGUUUUAAAUAUCUUGUUAUGGGUUGCUCCUUAUUAAACACCACUUAUUAUGUACAUAAGUACUUGCAUCUAACUUUGUAUUAUUAAAUUUAAGAUAUCUCCUGAAGUUCAUUAUUUAGAAUCUUGCAUGUAAUCCAAUUUGUUGAACAUGAAUUAUCUGAACAUUUGCUCCUUUAAACAUUUUUUCAA